CAUUAGUGAUGUUUAUUUGACGUUACUCGGGUGUGGACGUUCUUUUUGCGAAGAUAAAACUUUAAAAUGUAAACAAAAGUUUAUGUUAAUUUCAUGUGUGUCUGUUUUUGACUAUUGAUCUCCAAAAUGUCGAAAUUAAUGUGUAUUAACUACGUGACUGUACUGUGGUGUGUGUGUUUUGUGUUUAUAGUGAAUAUUGAUCAUGUUACGUGCAAUUUUAACACUAAAUUGGCUUAUAAUGAAGACAAUCACGUGCAUUGCACUCAUGAACACCCAAAAGUAGACGAUGUAAUAACGAAUGUGCACAUAGAGCCUGCCCACAGGGUGAAAAAGAGGAGCAUCGACCAGCCGCUGAGAAUCAGCAUAUUCUACGAUCACUCUGUAUAUAGAUUAGAGGCGACGAAAUUCGACCUAAUUAAUAACACAAUUCUGCCUGAGGCGGUCAAGUUCUGGGAGCAAGCGCUAAAAGUGAGGAAAACUGGGGGCCCUAUACGACUGAACAGGAAAUGCCCGACCCGCCAGGUGUUCAUCCGGGGUUCGCGCGCGCACUGCAUCGACUCCUGCAAGGCAGACACCAUGUGCGGCGAGGUGAAGGUGCCCGAGCACCACCUGAGCCCGUGCUACGUGUGCAACAGCACGGGUCACGACUGUCGCAUCCUGUCCGACGAAGAAGACUCCACAGGCGUGGAAGACUCAGACUUCGUUCUGUACGUGAGUGCAGUCGAGACGGAGCGGUGCCGGCGCGGGCUAACCGUGGCGUACGCCAGCCACUGCCAGCAGGAGGCCGCUUUAGACAGGCCGGUGGCGGGGCACGCCAACUUCUGUCCCGGCGAGCUGUCCACCAAGUACCGGGACCUGCCGUCGGUGCUGGCCACCGUCAAGCACGAGAUACUGCACGCGCUGGGGUUCAGUAUGUCGCUGUUCGCGUUUUACAGAGAUGAAAAUGGUGAACCUUUAACUGAAAGAAGACCUGACACUGGAAACCCACCACUUGAUGAAGAGCUACAAAUACACAAGUGGUCCGACCGAGUAGUGAAGAACAUCACCAGAAACAAGUGGAUGAUCAGGGGCGGGUACGUGGAGAGGAGCUUCAACAUGGUGGUCACGCCCAGGGUGGUCAGAGAGGUCCGUCAACACUUCAACUGCUCUGAGCUAGAAGGAGCCGAGUUGGAGGACCAGGGCGGCGACGGAACAGCCCUCACGCACUGGGAGAAACGACUCUUUGAAAACGAAGCCAUGACGGGCACCCACACUCAGAACUCCGUGUUCAGUCGACUCACAUUCGCACUCAUGGAAGACACCGGCUGGUACAGAGCGGACUACUCGCACGCUACCCCCCUGCACUGGGGCGAGAACCUUGGCUGCCAGUUCGCCAUGGCGUCCUGCAAGCAGUGGAUCAACACCAACACUGUUAGGGAUCGCAACCCCGCCCCCUACUGCAAGCGGAUCAAGGGGGACCCCCUCAGGACCGAGUGUUCCCCCGCCCGGGACGCCGUGGUGCUGUGCAACCUGGUGAAGCACGAUGUUGUGCUGCCGAAGAUCUAUCAGCACUUCGACUCGCUAGACGGCGUGCCCCCCUCCGAGCUGGGCCACUACGGCGGCUCCGUGUCUCUAGCCGACUACUGCCCCUACCUGCAGCAGUUCACGUGGCGGCACAAGAGCGUGCUGGUGAGAGGCAGCCGCUGCGAGCACCGGCAGAAUACGCCCAAAGCUGACGUGAACUUCGCGCUGGAGAGCUACGGCGAACACUCGCGCUGCUUCGACCACCACAACCACAUGUGGGAGCAGAAGUCGUGCAGACAGAUAAGAGAAUGGCAGCACUGGGGAUCCGGCUGUUAUAAGUACAAGUGUAAAAAGGGAAGAUUGCAUAUUAUAGUAGGCAACUACACGUACGAGUGCUCGCACGCGGGGCAAGUCCUUCACGUGCGCGUGCUGAGCGGCGGCUGGCUGCACCGCGGCGGCGUGGUGUGCCCGCCGUGCCGCGAGAUCUGCGCCGCCGAGUUCGCGUCAAGAAAUGAAUACUGCAAAGGGGGAGAGGAGCCUAAACCGCCCAAUUUGUACCCCAACGACAUUCUGACUUGCAGCGCGGGCGGCGUGACGCCGGCGGCCAUUUUAAUUUCGUCCGCCAUCUUGUUUUACAGUGUUGCCACACUGUGGUAGUCAAAACUGUCCAGUUCUGGUAUCUUAAGCGAUGCAGUUUAAGUUCUAUUAGUAUUCCAAGUGAGAUAAGGGCCCCAAUGUUGUAUUUCAUAUAUUUUUCAGGGUCAUGUCAUAAAAAAUAUAUGGAUACACACCGCACCGCAGCAAUGGGCUCUUGCCCUGACAUAACAUGAAAGCUU